AUGGGUUGCACCUUUGUCACUGUUCCGGUCAAGACCUUUCUCAGCGAGUUCGUUCCACAGCCGGACGUCCAAGCAGCCGCAUCUGCCAGUCAGGCAUACCUACAUGCAUUCGACGGCAUGCCAAACUCAUUUGUUUCCCAGGAGCACUUCUUUGGUCGUUUGGCCCGUUGCGCUGACGAUUGCGGACUGUGGAGGGGCUACUCACGGGAACUCGUCCUGAGCGAAGACUUGACAGCAGGCACUCCCGUGGGCGACCCUUACAAGGUCAAUACUCACAUGGCUUUAUUCCGCAACGAGGAUGCGCACACCAAAGAGAGCGAGCUUCACUGGUCGUAUGAGGUCCUGUCCAUUAUCUAUAAACCAGACGCCACCGUGGACGACCUGUUCGCUGAAGAAAAGGAUCCGAACCUCCCAGAUGCCGAGAUGUGUGCAACCACACGUGCGCACAUCCAGUCCAUCGCGUCUACCAUCCUGUCCCGUCAACAUCGCACAUCCGUCUUCACCGUUCUGUUCUUCCCCACAUGCGCGCGCCUCAUGCGGUGGGAUCGCCAUGGUGCGAUUGUCACAGAACAAUUCCCGAUUAAAGUCACUCAGGAUCUCGCCACAUUCUUCUGGCGCUUCGCUCGCCUCUCGCCUGAACAACAGGGAUACGAUCCCACCGCGAAGCUCGUCCUGCCCGGGUCAGACGACCACAGGUUAAUGGUAGACAUCUCCCAGAGCAUGUACCGCCAGAACGCUUGCGCACGAGCUAUGUUCGCUGAGUCACUUGAAGACCCGGACCGGCCGUGCUGGAAGUUGAGGGUCGUGCCCGAAGGCCGGGUACCCAUGGCUCGGAGACGGCGCACAAAGAGACCGACGUGUGGCAAGCGGUGGAAGGCUGUGCCACAGGAAGAAAAAGACGAAGAGAACGAGGAGGCAUACGCUCGAUAUUUCCUCGUCGGGAAGCCCCAUUUUGAGCACACUGACCUUCCUGGCCGAGGCACACGAGGAUACGUCGCACUAGACUGCAAGACAAAAAAACUCGUCUUUUUGAAGGACUCAUGGCGAUUUGACCCACCAGUACACCAGACGGAAGGAGCGGCGCUCAAAACGCUCAAGAAGGCCAAGGUCACGAACAUACCGACGCUCGUGUGCUACGGCGACAUUGGCGACCAGCGAACUCGCACACUAGAGUUUGUGGGACCGGAAAAUAGCUGGCCCGCUGACCGAGAGCGGGAUGUAUCACCGACGCUUGUGCAUAGCCGUCUCGUGGUCGAGGAGGUCUGCCUUGGUGUACAUGAUUUCCAUGACGGGAAGGAGCUUUUGCAGAUUUUCACCGAUGUCAUUGACGCGCACCGACAGGCGGUAGAGAACGCUGGGCUGAUGCAUUGUGAUAUCAGCAGUGGCAACAUUUUGAUCUACGAAAGGUUGGAGAGGCGCGGUAAGGAGUUAGAGACGAGGAGGUCGGGUCUACUCUGCGAUUGGGAGCUCGCCGCGCCUGUACGCGAUGCGGAGAACGGGGGAAAAGAAGCUCCACGGAAACCUGGAUCGAUGGGAACGUGGCAGUUCAUGUCAGUGCUCUCACUCGAUCACCCGAGAACAGCAAUCGCGACACAGGACGAGCUGGAAGCAUUCUUCCAUGUUCUUCUCCAAACCGCUCUGGUGUACAUCGCGAACAACUUCGAAGUACCAGCCUUCAUUCAAGACUUCUUCUUCACCAUGGAUCCGCCAGCGAACUCUGCGUGUCCCUUUAAUUCGUGCAACUCACUAAAGCGAAAGGCGAUGCACACUGGCGUCAUCGAGCAUGAAAAACGAACGCUGGAAUUCUAUGAUAGAAAUGGAGGAUUCCACCCGUUCGGCAAGGUUUUUGACCUCCUUAUCCUCCUGUUUCGCGCGCAUUACACAACCUUGAUUUACGAAGAGGACUGUGAACAGCAGGACAUGCCGCCACAAACGCCGCUCGCAGUUCCCCGACAGGGCGCUGUGCAUCGUGUGGGAGUGAAGCUGGAGGAGCUGAACGAGGAGGACCUCGACGCGCGCAAGCAUCUCGCGGAAUUGCUAAAAACGCACCAGGGUAUGCGCCAGCUUCUCCUCACGUUCCUGGACAGGGAGUGGCCCAGCGAGGACAAGAUUGAACCAGAGUUGCCGAACGCGGAGUCCGAGGUAGACUCAAGUGAGCCACCAUCUUCUAAAGAGGUAGAAAGGAAGCUCCAAUUGUUAGGUGCUCUCAGCAUGAAGCGUGGACGAGAGGAAGAGGAUGAAAGCAGUGAUAUGGAGGAGGAACCACCUCGAAAGGUCCAACGCGCCAAUUCAGAAGAAGCGUAG